CCUGAAGAUCUAAGCUCAUAAUGCCAUCCUGAAUCCUCAACUCGGUCUCCUCCGCCUUCCUUCGGCCAGCAUUUUCUCGCCGCCGCUCCCGACCUUCCGCCGCUCCUCCUCUCUUCCUUACUCAUUCUUCUCAAUAGGUAACAAGACAUGACAUCAAGGACAAAAAGGUUAUUGGAGCUAUGCCUGAGGCACCCACAUUUGAUCCUUGACAACAUUUCCUCUAAGCUUGGUCAAAGAAGUGCAAACAUUUUUAAGUAUCUCUUUCGAGUGCCCAAGCCAGAUACAAAGUGCAUAGCCACUUUUGCUUAACAGUCGUAUUAUAUUUCAUUCAGGCAUCAUAUCUAUGAGAAAUGCGGAGACGGCAAUCCCAAAUCAAUUGAACUGAAAGAAAUUGGCCCUCGAUUUGAUUUGUGGCUCUACCAGAUCAAACUGGGAACAAUGGAUCAAGAUGAAGCUCAAACUGAAUGGGUCAUCAGACCUUACAUGAACACAACAAAAAAAGCAAGUUUCUUGGGGAUUGAGAGCAGCUUCAAGAAUUUGCUUCUUUUGACUUUCCCUUUCUGGUGA